GAAGGCCGAGUCAGCACACCACAGUCUCGCUACAGCUUUCGCCUCCCUUGGCUGUGCUGUCGAUCACCGAUCCACAACCAUCAAGUCCCUCCACGACGAGCACCAGCGAAGCCGGAGUACGAUCCCGAAUCUUGACGUCGAGCCGAGUAUUCAAGAUCAAGGCGCCGGGGCGAGCCUCCUCACCUCUCUCGGCUCUAACUUCAAUUCACCUUACUAGCACGACUUCCUUCGUCUGCGCCUUGCACUGAACCGUUCCAACGCAACCGACGAUGCCGCGUCGCCGCGCUCGACCCUCUAAUUCUUUCUUCUAGCCUGCCUACCAUGCGAAUCGCCAUUCGUGAGCAGCUUGCAGCCCUCGUUCUUCUUGCCGUUCUCGUCUCCCUCGCAAUUGUCUCUAUUCCAACAUGGAUCUAUGUCAAUCGCUUUGUAGUCGACAUCGAGCGCGAGGGUCUACAGCUCACGGCUUCCCUCAAGGCAUCCCGGAUCUCUGCAGAGCUCGGUCUCAUUGAGACCAUUGCCAUGACAAUUUCUUCUCGAAUUCUCGUUCAAGCAGCACUCACAAAUUUCUAUAACACUGGCGAUCAGAACUGGGAAGAUGCCCGCGAAGAUCUUGAGAGCGCACUUGCUGUCAGCACUAGUUCUGGUCUGUUACAAGUAAGGCUAUAUUCGAGGAAUGAAACGGGCGCUUCUGAUGGCGGUUUGCUCAAUGUGACCUCCCCUUCAGCACCAGAGAUCAUUCUGCCCUAUGGCAGUUCAACUGGCUCCGAGAUUCGACUUGGCGACUCUGAUGAGGGUUAUCCACCGACUCUCUUUCCUAAUCUUACAUAUAUCAAUCUCGAACGCCCAAGUUCUCAGCGCAAUAACACAACAGCCUUUGCAGCCGAGGCAUUCCCAGAUGUUCGGAUUGCCCGCGAUGGUGGCUUAUUACUGGGCCCUUUGGUUCUCAACGAGAGUGCUUCCCUCCUUUCCGUAACAAUCCCUGUUCGAGACAACAACGAUACCUUCAUCCUUGGCUACAUGACAGUGGUUACGCUUGCCGAGUCACUCACCACGGUUCAGGAAUCUCGUGAAGGAUUGGGGAAAACGGGUACAGUCUUGUUGAUUGGCCCUACCGAUCGAUCAAAUCGUUUCAACAAGACUCAGCCCGCCAGUAAUGCGACAUACACUCCCAACCGUGACGAAUUUGGUAAUGUGAUGGUCAAGUUUGUCCUUCCUCCUAAGAAUCCGGAAGGACAGAAGGAUCGUCAUGAUGUUCAUCAGUUUGUCAGCGAGACCGGCAAUAGGGCAUUUCCUGUCAAGUAUUACCCAGCAGCAUUGGAUUCGUUCACAAAACAUUACUAUACUGUUAAUAACGCCAGCGCUCUCCUCAACACACACAACGAACAAAACGUCCGUGUUGCAGUUGGAUUCGCUCGGACGCAAACUCCUCUGGCCAACUGGACUGUCAUUGUUGAGAAAGCCAGAUCAGAAGCCUACAAGCCGAUCAACACUUUGCGAAACAUCCUGCUUGGAACUGUGUUCGGUACUGUCGGCUUGAUAGCCUUGCUAGUCGUUCCAUGUGCUCACCUCAGUGUGUUGCCGAUUCGAAAACUCAAAGCGGCCACAGAAAAGUCAAUCAAUCCCCCAGGAUACGAAGACUCAUUCAUCGAUUCGGAUUCCGAGUUCGGAGAGGAGAUUCCCAGUUCUGGAGGAAUAUCACGACGAUCGAAAAAGCGAGGACCAAUAGCCAAAUUUAUUCGAAAGAUGCAGGGUAAAUCGAAUGGGCCGAGUUCAAAUCGAGAUGUUGCUCGCCGGAUGUUCAAAAUCCCUGCAAAAGUCGAUGAUCGGAAGCACUUCGUUACAGAUGAGCUGACUGAACUGACGCGAACCUUUAACGAUAUGAGUGACGAAUUAGUAAAACAAUAUCUGUCCCUUGAGGUCAAGGUGGCAGAGCGAACAAGGGAGCUGGAGGAGAGCAAGAAGGCUGCUGAGGCGGCUAAUGAGAGCAAGACGCUUUUCAUUGCCAACAUUUCUCACGAACUGAAGACGCCCCUGAAUGGUAUUCUUGGCAUGUGUGCCGUAUGCAUGGAAGAGAACGAUAUCGUUAGGAUUAAGCAAUCCUUGAAGACACUCUACAAAUCGGGCGACUUGCUGCUUCAUCUCUUGGAGGACUUGUUGAGUUUCUCCAAGAACCAGAUUGGCCAGCAGCUUAACCUUGAACUGAGGGAAUUCCGUCUGGCCGAUAUCCGAUCACAGAUUUUGACCAUUUUCGACAAGCAGGUUCGAGAAGGAAAGAUCAACUUCUCGGUAGAGUUCAUCAGCUCCGACAACAUCGACAUCAGCGCAAGUCCAGAUAGAACGAAUGGUGAGACAAGAUUACCAGCACUUGGCCCCUAUGGAACUGGAAGAUUAAAAGACAUGUGUCUAUGGGGCGACCAACACCGAAUACUUCAGGUCAUUAUCAACUUGGUGAGCAACAGUUUGAAGUUCACGCCUCACAAUGGUAGCGUCUCAGUCCGCAUUAAGUGUCUCGGAGAAGCAGAUGCCAUUGCCGAGAAUGAAAGCCGUACGUCAUCAAUAUCGAAGAACUCACGGAAUAACUCACGGACUGGGCGUCCUCGACAACGUGGAAGCGCCAGCUCAGCAAACUCGGGGGGCUCAGGAAACCGAAACUCGAUUCCGAAGUUCAAGGGCACAGGAACUGCCCUGUCCAUCAACCCCAUGGACCCCAAGGCGACUCCUCAUGUCCUGGUCCGGGAGCGAUCCCCAACGCCUCCUCCACCAGGCGCCAAGUCGUAUGUGUUCGAGUUUGAGGUACAGGAUACUGGCCCAGGUAUACCUGAACACAUGCAGCAAAAGGUUUUCGAGCCUUUUGUUCAAGGAGAUCUGGGUCUGAGCAAGAAAUUUGGUGGCACUGGAUUGGGAUUGAGUAUCUGCCACCAGCUAGCAGGUCUCAUGGGUGGUUCUAUCAGCCUGCGCAGCACUCUGGGCGUCGGCACAACUUUCAAUAUGCAGAUACCGCUAAAAUACGUGAAGGACCGAUCCAGAACUUCCAGUACUGCAUCGAGCAGUGUGAAAUCCCGCCCAGCGAGCGUAGAUGCUAGCGACAUAGAGCCACAGCGCGUUGCCCCUGGCACCCCGAAGCCUGCAGCUGAAACCAAGUCAGCCGGUGCUCUCAACCCACAACCUCGGUUGGUCGGUUUAAGUCAACCAUACUUUGCUGCCGACCCUCCAUCUAUCAAGAGUGCAGAACAAAAGAUGGCUGAAAUUGAUCGUGCCAUUGCCAGUAAGGGUGGCCAAGGCAGGUUACGCGUUCUGGUUGCCGACGAUAACUCAACCAACAUCGAAGUUGUCAGCCGCAUGCUGAAACUUGAGGACGUUUACGACGUGACUAUUGCGAAGGAUGGCCAGGAGGCCUACGAUUUGGUGAAAGCAACAAUGGAGAAGAACCAGGCAUUCGAUGUGAUUUUCAUGGACGUCCAAAUGCCCAACCUUGAUGGGCUGCAAAGUACUCGACUUAUCCGUGAGAUGGGCUACACAUCCCCCAUCGUUGCUUUGACAGCCUUUUCAGAAGAGAGCAAUGUAAAAGAAUGCAUCGACUCGGGUAUGGAUGAGUUCCUCGCCAAACCUAUCCGACGACCAGCCCUCAAACAAGUGCUGAAGAAGUUUGCAACAAUCCCAGAGGAGCCGGAAGAUGAGAAGCGUUCCUCUUCGCUAAAACCGAAAGCUAGAACGAAUGGUAAUGCCAUUCAGCCACAUAAGGAGGGUGAGAACGGCGCACCACGAGAGAAGCAUGGAUGAGCACUUCAUCCCUGUUUGCAGUGCACAUACAGAGUGACUGGUCACGAAGACAGGCCUAUUUAUGCUAAUGGGAUAGAGAUCCCUAUACACCACCUCAACCGACAUACAUCCCUUACCUAUUUGUUUCGAGUUGCAAAAGUCUAGCGGGAGGAAUUGUCUUUUUUGGAGUUUGAGUAUUUUUCUUAUCGAAUCUUCCAGGGGGACGCGGAUGAGGAAAACACCGCCCCAGUGUCUUUAGGCUUGUCCAGGUUAUUUAU